AUGGCUGAAGAUAGUCGACAAUCCUCUAGCGUACAGAGCAGCGGUUCAGGAGCGUCAACUAGUGGCAGAACGGCAAUGUGGUUCAAAAUGGACGAUGGUCGAUUCAUCUCUAGCACAAUCCCGGCAAAUUGGGAUAGUCAUCUGCAAAAGACCUAUGCGGAGAAGGGACAAACUGUCAGAUACUUUGAUACUCAAGAUCUGGAAAGGCUCGAGGCCAUGGAGAAUGAGGGAAGUACCGGAGAUUGA